AUGUAUGUAGAGAUAACCUCUGUCUUACAGAUGCGACUAUCCCCUAGAUUGACUGAUGUAUCUCUGCUCGUUUUCAGCAGGUUCAGAAACUCUCUCGAUCACGCCUCUGAAGGUUUCAGUAUUCUUCAUCUUCUUCUCUCCUCUUCCCCUUUUGCUCUUGAUAUAGCACUGGGAAUUGGUGGACUUCCAAAGGAACGUGUUGUGAAAAUAUAUGGUCCAAAGCCUUCUGAAAAAAUAACUCUUGCUUUACAUGUGAUUUCAGAGCAUGCUCUCGAUAAGGCACUUGCAAAAUCUAUUGGUGUGAAUACUGAAAACUUGUUGCUUUCACAACCAGAUUGUGGUGAACAAGCACUUAGUCUUGUGGAUACCUUAAUCCGUAGUAGUUCAGUUGACGUAAUUAUUGUUGACAGUGAUUAUAUCGGUAGUGGUGGCUGCACUUAA